AAGCUAGGACAGAGUUGUAAAAACUCCCAGGCAGACGGGAGUGGAGUGACUUGCUAAGACACAAUAUCCCUGCUACUUUGGGGAAAAGUCGCCAAUAAUCAUCUGAUCUAACUGGAAAACAAUACCCAGCUAAACUUUUUUUCCGAAUUGAAAGAAUAGUUUAGUUUAUCUUUUUGACGACAGUCAGUGAAUCGUCAAGGUGUUUCCAGAAUUCCCGAGACGCCACCUUGAAUGAUCCAGAAGACUACUUCCCCGUGGAACAGACAUUUUCACCGUCACCAGCACACUUCACUCCUCCCCAACCCCGCAAGUCGGAAGUUUCUCCACUCGACCCUGACUCGCCACCGCUGCCUUGGAGCUUUCACACUCUGCUAGAGCAACUCUACUACUAGGACGAACCGAGCGACCACCCGCCACCGUGAAGCAGUUAUGCAGCUUGAAAUCCAAGUAGCCCUCAACUUCAUUAUAUCCUACCUGUACAACAAACUCCCGCGCCGCCGCGUGAACAUCUUUGGCGAGGAACUUGAGAGGCAGCUGAAGAAAAAGUAUGAGGGCCACUGGUACCCAGACAAGCCAUACAAAGGCUCAGGAUUCAGGUGCAUCCACAUCGGGGAGAAGGUAGACCCGGUGGUGGAGCAGGCGGCCAAAGAGAGCGGGCUGGACAUCGACGACGUGCGGAAUAACCUGCCGCAGGACCUGAGCGUGUGGAUCGACCCGUUCGAGGUGUCCUACCAGAUCGGCGAAAAGGGGCCCGUCAAGGUGCUCUACGUAGACGACAACACGGAGAAUGGCUCCGAGCUGGACAAGGAGAUCAAGAACAGCUUCAACCCCGAGGCGCAGGUCUUCAUGCCCAUCAGCGACCCGGUGGGCAGUGGCAUGGGCGGCGGCGGCGGCGGCUCGUCCGAGUCCAGCUCGCCCUCGCCACCCUUCGGCCAAUCCUCGGCCGCAGUCAGCCCCUCCUUCCUGCCGCGCUCCGCCCAGCCACUCACCUUCACCACGGCCACCUUCGCCGCCACCAAGUUCGGCUCCACCAAGAUGAAGAACAGCGGCCGUGGCGCCGCCAACGGCAACGGUAGCAGCAACGGCAACGGCAGCAAGGUGGCCCGCACCUCCCCCACCAACCUGGGCCUGAAUGUGAACAGCCUGCUGAAGCAGAAAGCCAUCUCCACCUCCAUGCACUCGCUCUACAGUCUGGGGCUGGGUACCCAGCAGCAGCAGCAGCAGCAACAGCAGCAGAAAGCCUCUGCACUGUCCCCCAACGCUAAGGAGUUUGUGUUCCCCAACCUCCAGGGCCCGGGCGGUCCUGGAGGAGCGUUCGGAGGUGACAACCCCCUCAAUCUCAGCCCCCUCCAGUACAAUAAUGCCUUUGAUAUGUUCACAGCCUAUGGGAGCCUCAACGACAAGUCCCUCAUGGAUGGCCUGAACUUCAGCUUGAGCAACAUGCAGUAUUCUAACCAGCAAUUCCAGCCAGUCAUGGCUAACUAAUAAAUGAAGGUGUAUUUAUGAAUGAAUGUUGGCAAAACAGUGAAGGAAAAAACAAAUAUAUACAGAAUAAUGCACAUUACAAAUGGACUUUUGGGAGAAACAAAAUCCUAUAUAUAGAUAUAUAUAUGAAUAUAUAUAUAUUUAAAAAAGAGAACUAUGGACAUCAACCACAAGGUCCUGUUAGUCACUGGGAAGAGCAUGUGCCCAAGGGUGUUUUUUAUUUUCUCUGUGCCCCCUUGAGUUAGUCCUUACAAAAAGCUUGUACGAACGAGUCCAAGCUUGGUUACUUACGCAUCAACACGCAUCAUUGUUUUUGUUUUACUUUACUUAUUUUUGCCAACCAAGCACAAAAUAAUUUUUUUACUGCAUUUAAAAGAAAAUAACUCUAAAACAAGAAAAAAAAGAGGUUCAAGAUCUUACAGCAUUUUGAAGAUGGCAAGACUUGGCUUAUUUCUAAAAAAGACAAUUGGCACUAAUAAAUAUUAUGGGGUUACUUGGUCUGUUUUCUAAUUGUAUAAUUUAAUUGAGUACAAAGUUUGUAAAAUAUCAGAGUAUAUAUUGUUUCUACGACAUGGUAUUGCAUUUAUAUCUUUUUACUACUACAGUGAUCUGUGAUGGCUGCUGCAGCUUUACGUUGUUAUUUGUUUUUUAAUGAAACAUUGUUAAAGAAAAUCAUCUUUUAGAUCAGAUAUUCUAAAGAUUGUGUACAGAAUAUUCCUUAGUGUUGGAAUUAAAGGAUAGGAAUAUUUGCUUUUUUGAAACAUAAGAGUUGUAUUUUCUGUUAAGAGUUAAAGGACUUUUAUAUUUAUAUAUAAAUAUGAGCUAAUAUUUAUAUAUGAAUAUAAAUGAAUUAAUUUUGUACCUACAUUGUGCAAUACUUGAUAAAAAUACAGUAUAACAAAAGUAUUUUGGGUCAGUGUCUUACAUGUCAAGAGGGACUGAAAUAGUUUAUAUUGUUAAGUUUGUAUUAAAAUGCUUAAAAUAUAUGCUUGUCUUUAUUUUUUUUAAUUUCAUAUUUGCACCCUGGCCUUUUUCAAUAAAAUAAACUUCCGUCAAAGCGUA